GUAUAUCAAGGACCAUGACCUGAUUCUGAUGACUGAUUUCAAUAGUUUUCUUUUUUUGGGACACCCUGUAGUGUAUAUUACAUUCAGAAUUUUGUAAUUAACAAGAGUGGCAUGCGCGCCGGAACGUGAAUGGGCGUCUUGUUUCUUGUGAUCGAGAGAAGGUGUUUUGUGGAUGAAAUAUGAAACUUUAUCCAAACUUUUUGUUUACACCAACCAGUGACUUCAUAAACCUCAAUACUUACCAAAACGUGAUGGUAAAAAAGGUGUUGUGAAAACGAACCACUACUAUAUAAGGAAGGAGCAGGUCAUGCUAUAAAAUCAAUUAAAUGAUGCUAUGUUUUGAACAACUGAAUAAACAUUGCGACAGGUGAAGGAAUUGUCUUAAACAAAAGAUGCUAUUGACACGUUAAGAUUAACUUUCAUGGUUAAAGUGGAAAUCCGUCACAAUCCUUCAACUUUGGGCACUAAAGAGCCCAGACUCUACCAACGCAGAGAUCAUAUUCAUGGCAGCGAGAUGGGAAGAUAAAUUGCAAGGUUAUGACGUGAGUCGUUUUCGAGGAGAAGUCAAAGUGGAUUCACUUUGUGUUAUUUGUCAGGAAGUUCCAAAAGAUCCCCGACUUUGCCAGCACAAAGAUCACAUAUUUUGCUUCGCUCAUAUAUCACAACAUCUCGCUCAAAACUCUGAAACAUGUCCAGUUUGCAGAGAUCCUCUGAAUCAAGAAACCUUGCGACGACCAACAGGAUUCCUGAAGAAUUAUUUGGACGACCUAGAAAUCAAGUGUGAUCAUCAUGAUCGAGGAUGUCCUGAUCACGUCCGUCUAGAGGAGCUUCCAAGACAUGUCGAGGAAUGUGUAUAUGCUCCUGUUAUGUGUCGUAAUGAAGGAUGUGGGACAGAGGUCAAUAAAAGAGAUAUUAAAGCUCACGAGAACGAUCUUUGUCAGUUCAGAAUCGCAAAAUGUCACGACUGUAAGAAUAUCAUGAAAAAUGUAAAUGCAAUGAAAGGAAAUCAGGAUGAAAUGAAAAGAAAACAGGAUGCAAUAAAGGAAAUUGUGGAUGAAUUUAAAGCAGGUCAGGAUGAAACGAAUGUUCAAAUGUCUGCAAUGAAGAUAGAUCAGGAUGAAAUGAAGGAAAGUAUGAAAGAGAUAAAAAAACAAUUAAAGAGACUGAUGGCGAUGAUGAUGAACCAACCAUCCCAAGGAGUUAUUAUUAACGACCCAGGUCCAGUCAACAAUCAAGAUAUUAUUAUUAUUAUUAUUGGUGGUCGAUGUGGCGAUGGAAGUGACCAGGUACUAGAUACACUCGAGAAAUACAACAUAGCAGAAGGAAAGUCGACUCAGCUACCACGAUUGAGUCAUGCUCGGGCAUCAUCAGCAUCGUGUGUUUACAACAACGACGUUCUUGUCGUUGGUGGUUAUGUUAGUAAAGAAGGAAGUGACGAGAUCGAAGUUUUGAAGAUAAACCAACAUCCUCUGCAAUGGACAAUGUUUGAUGGUAAACUGCCUAUCAGAUUAUCUGGUCAUGACGUCAUAGUUUAUCAAGGAAAUUUAUAUAUAGUAGGUGGACUAAACUGGAAUGAAAGAAUACCAUCGGAUGCCAUUUAUGAGAUUGCUCUUACCCCUCCUUAUACUGUUAAGCUGCUGACGAGAAUGGCUGAACCAAAAAUCGAUCACAAGGCAGAACUUAUUGAUGGUAAACUAUUUAUCUUGGGCGGGUCAACGACAGGCUAUAGUGAAAAUGCUCUUGAUAGCGUUGUUGUUUAUGAUUUCAUUAAGAAUGAGUUCAAGCCAUGUCCACCGUUGCCUCAGCCUGUUUGUUAUAUGUCCACAGUCACCUGGGGUAAAAUUGUCAUUGUUGUUGGCGGCGCGGAUAGGGAUAAUCGGGCAUUAAAUGACGUCAUAAAGUAUGACACGGAGACUGGACAGAGUGAGAGACUGCCAUCUAUGAUUCACAAAAGGAGCCGCUGCUCUGCCGUGCUCAUGGAUGACGUCAUUGUCGUGUUCGGAGGAUGGAACAGGAAGCAGGGAUAUCUCAACUCAGUGGAAUCUUACACCAUGGGUGGAAAUAGCUGGAAAGAACUGCCAGGAAUGAUAGAAAAAAGGAGGCACGCCACUGCUAUAGUUAAACCGCUGUAGGUUAAUAAGAAGGAGGAAUUCUAAUAAAGGACGUUAUGUACGUAGUGCUUCUGACCGCUUGGAAUCUCUAUCGGAACCAAAAUUGCGCUAAAAAUGCAUGGGAUUUAGGCUACUUCCUCCACAGGCGUUUCAUAAUACUACGAGAGAGCGGGAAAAUUAGGGAGAGCGGUGCAGGCAGCAUUAGAAAUGCGGCGCUCUCUCCGUAAUUUUCCCGCCCUCACGCAGUAUUAUGAAACGCCUGUGAAGGAGGUAGGGAUUUAGAUAAAAAUUAUUAAUCAUAUGAUAUUUAUGUCAUAUAUAAUCGAUGUGGUCGCGUGUACUGAUCAGUACAUAUAAAUAUCGUGGAUAAAGACGUAUACCUUACUUGAUACAGAAACUAAUCUUCGAGAGGUAGGGUACAGUGCAUGGCUUCUACGCAUUCUUCUUUAAGGCCCAUCUACACGAUGCGAUUAGUCGUAUACGAUUCGUAUACUGGCGUAUGUAUUCGAAUAAAUGCGUGUAAAGAUGUCACAUUUUAAACUUCGUUAUAAACUGAUGAACAGAAAGAGUGGCGUCAUAAAUCUUUUUCAUACGUCAGGAUAACAAUCGUAUACGACUAAUCGCAUCAUUUAGAUCGGCCUUUAUGGCAACGGUGCCUAUAUCAUGGUUGCGCGCGGAUUAUUGAAUAUAUCAAACAUUAUAGCGACUGUAACCUACCUACAUUAUAGAAUCAAAGACAAUAAUUAUAGACAUUUAUAAGAUAAGAAAGAAUAUGAGUUCAGUCAGGAGUAAACAAUUGUGAGCGAAACAAGAUUACUCUGAUAAUGUAAUAUUUAACAUUAGGUCAGGGAACUACAGUAUAUUUAUUCUGAUAUUCUUAUUCCAAUACAAUUUGCAUGUUUUUUUAAUAGUUUUAAUU